AUAUGUCCUGUGUCGUUCAAAAAGCACGAUGAAAUAAUGGGAGAAGAACACAACAAUUGUUCCGAUGAGCCGUACGGCAAUUUCUCCACCAUAUUCGGUUCAACAGACAUUCCUGAAUGGGAAGUGAUCAUCACAAUAGGAACUUUGUCCCUUUUCAUCCUACUCACAGUAAUAGGAAACGUCCUCGUGAUUUUGAGCGUUUUUACCUACAAGCCAUUGCGAAUAGUUCAGAAUUUUUUCAUCAUCUCUCUUGCUGUGGCCGACCUGACCGUGGCUCUCCUUGUCCUUCCAUUUAAUGUGGCGUAUACCGUUUUAGGGCGAUGGAUAUUUGGUAUCCAUGUCUGCAAAAUGUGGCUCACAUCAGACGUCUUGUGCUGCACUGCCUCCAUUUUGAAUCUUUGUGCAAUUGCUCUCGACAGGUUUUGGGCUAUAACAGAUCCUAUAAACUAUGCUCAAAAAAGGACAGUUAAACGAGUACUGGUUAUGAUAGCAGGCGUAUGGGUGCUAUCACUUUUGAUCAGUUCACCUCCUUUGAUUGGGUGGAAUGACUGGCCAUCAUCUGAUGUAUUCGCAGAAAGACAAAUUUGUAUGCUCACAAAACGCCAAGGUUAUGUGAUUUAUUCAUCUUCUGGUUCCUUUUUUAUACCUCUAUUCAUCAUGACAAUAGUUUAUGUAGAAAUAUUCAUUGCGACAAAACGAAGGCUGAGAGAAAGGUCCCAAGCAGCGAAAAUUAACAUAUCUAAAAAUAUGAGUAAAAUUAAAAACAAAGACGAUCAUCGCGAUGGUGAAAGCGUCAGUAGCGAAACCAAUCAUAACGAAUUCGAAGCGAAUGGUAAAUCUAGAGAUAAAUCUUUGAGAAAAGACAAAUCGAGCGAAUCUGAUAAAAAUACUCUUCAACCGAUAUUGACUCAUGAAGAUUCUCUAACUGAUUUUGGAGACAACUCAUCCUGCUCUCAAAGGAAAGACUCGAAUCCCUCAAAAUGUGAGAAUAAGGGAAUUUGUAGUUCAACCACUACCAUAACGAUCUCCAACUCGAAACCUAGUCCAAAAGUAAUACUCAGUGAUCCCAAUAAAAAACCUGGAUUUGUAUAUCAGUUCAUAGAGGAAAAACAGAGAAUAUCACUUUCUAAAGAGAGACGAGCAGCAAGAACGCUUGGUAUCAUUAUGGGUGUUUUUGUCGUAUGCUGGUUACCCUUUUUCCUUAUGUACGUGAUAAUUCCGUUCUGUCCGUCAUGUUGUCCUUCAAGAGCAUUAACGAAUGUUAUCACUUGGUUGGGUUAUAUCAACUCAGGACUCAAUCCCGUCAUAUAUACCAUUUUCAAUAUGGACUUCAGAAGGGCUUUCAGAAAACUGUUAGGUCUUUCUCAAACCUAAUACGUUUCAUCUGGCAUAAAAACAUUUCUAUAGAACCAAAUAUAAGCAGGUAGGUGAAAAAUGAUUCGAAAAUAUUCAUUUGUAUUCACUAGAGAUACAUUGGGUGAGGAAUAGGUUCGAAAACUUCAAACUAGAAAAGAAAUAGAUCCGCUAUAAAGCACUAUUCAGACAGGUAUUGUCUGUUUAACAUCAUUGAGGCACCAAUUUAAAUGGUGUUUGGAAACAGUGCUUGUUUUAUAUUUAUUAUACGCAAGAGUUUCCAGUUCUCUCUUGAUUAUGUUUGCACCAGUUGAACAGACUUUUACGAAAUCACAUCUUUCAGGUAUCAAACAGAAACAAUACUUUUUUUCUUUACUCACAAGAAUUCAAUCACUUUCACCUGUUAAGAUGUCCGUGAACAAAUUUUGCUGGUUGAAUUUGACCUACUCUCUUUGAAUUCCACCCACUCGUGAUAAUGCACCUGAGUGCCGCCAUUUUCAUUCCAGUGUAGCAGAUGGUUACAAAGGCUGAUUUAUAAUUACCACAAUAACUUCUAUAAUAUGGAUGUCAAAGGAAAGUGUUUGAUGAGCGGAAUAUAAUAAGUGGUGUAACGUAAUUAUUUGUAUUGUGAAUUUCUAUAUUUUACAAUUAUUGACU